GCGUAAAAGUUCAAAUCGUUGAAGCAUGUGAAAAGUUCAGAUGUUAUCAUCGUAAUUGUUGAAUAUUCUAAAUAGAUCAGUGUUCAUUGUUCUACAAAUCCAGAAGGAAAAACCAUCUCCAAACAGUAACCAUGUCGACUAUGCUGCCAAAACCGCCGAACCCCGAUGAGAAGCCAAAAACAGAUGCAUCAAAAGCCGCCGGAGUAUUCUUUCCCAUUGCUGAUUUGGAUGAAAUUGCGAAGCACUUUAUUGGCAAUAACACCAGGUUUCGCGAAAACAUCAUAAUUCCAAGGACCUACGGGGCUGUGCAAAUUAAAACCAAUGAGGAGAAGAUGGUAGAAGCGGCAUUCGAAAGUUGCGCGUUCAAAUCGCUGAUGAGCUGCGUUUUAGGAUAUGGUUUGGGGGCCGCUAUUGGAUUGUUCAGUUCCUCGGUGAAUCCAAACAUUUCGGACCCGCUGGCCGCCGAAAAGCAACAGACAGCCCGAGAGAUCUUCCGGGAGAUGCGACAGGCCACCCAUUCGUAUGGUAAAAACUUUGCCGUGAUUGGUGCCGUUUUUGCUGCCGUUGAAUGUGUUAUUGAAUCGAAACGUGGUGUCUCAGAUUGGAAAAAUGGCACAUAUGCUGGAGGUGUCACGGGUGGGUUAAUUGGGUUGAGAGCUGGCGUCAAGGCUGGAGUUGUAGGAGCAGCUGGUUUUGCUGCCUUUUCCACUGUUAUUGAUUACUACAUGAGACAUCGAUAGUUCAAUGGUUUAGCUCAAGACGAUAAUAAUAAUUUAGUUACAGAACUUAUUGGAAACGAUAA